UCCCAUACGCAAACACUGCCAAUUACGCUGCAGCUGCUUCUGGAGGUCUCCAUCACAGGCAACAACUGCCACGCGUUCCCAGUGGCUGCCCCUGUCUUGCACAAUCAGAAGAUGUUGGAUCGACUUCGUCUUUCCGCGGUUGCUGUUCGAUUCGCUGCUUUCUUCUCGUUGGCUCGUGUUCUGCAGUCCGCUCGAUUUGCAAAGUAAUAUUUUGCCCAUUUUCGCACAAGAGACCUACAGUGACCUCGGCGUUGUUGGCCUCGUGCAUGUACACAGCUGGGGUGGUGUAGGCCUCCAAGCGAAGAAAACCACUCAAUAGACCAGACGUAUGAAGCUCGCGAUACCUUGUUUGGAAUGUUUUCCAAUCAAUCACAGUCCCGUCUCGAAGCUCGACGGCUAAUUUGAUGGCCUUGCCGUUCACUUUCGGAUCGUGUGGUCGUUCGAUCUUGCGAGGGACGCGCCGGGGGAAAGUCGCACCUAUGUAUCCAGCUGGCCAAAGGACCUCGCCGAACCAACCCGUCCACGACCAGCUCGGGAAUCCUUCGCGACGCGCACCGGGGGUCUUCAAUGUCCAUCGGAGACUCUCGGAAAAUAUUGGUAUCUCAUUCUUCGAACCUGACAGCGCUAUCAAUUCGUUCGGCGAUGACUCGCUCAUUCCAGCGAACGGUAGACCGUAUAUUUGACGAAGAGAGUUUUUGUUUCUCUCGAAAUUUCUGAAUAUACCCAGCAUACCAUUGAGGAUAUCCGCCUGGUGGGUCAAGUUUCUGUCAGAAUACUCGCUGAUCCGGCUGUAUAUGUCCCAUGGGUCGACUCCACACCCGUCCAGCGGAAACAUCCCCAUAAGUGGAGCGAUCCGAUAGCGGGAUAUCAAAUAUGGAUGUUCCCUGUGGUGCAUCUGCUUCCAUACUUUUUUUGGUAUGUUCACCAUCUCUGUGCAGUACAUUCCACGACACUCAAAGUAGACCUGGUUUUCGGUGAAUAUCAAUCGUCUUGUUGAUAGCAAGCCCUCUUGGAAUGUCCAUGCUCUUGUCAUCCAUCUGCAAGUCUCAGAUUCAAGAUCGAGCUUACUGUGUACUGGCGACAAUAACUUUCCAUCAAUGUUCACUGAAGAAGUUGGCGCUCGAAGGCAGUCACUGACGCCCGGGAGACCGUGGUUCGCAUCCACCCCUGCAGCAGCAAUGAUCGUGACUGCAGCCUGUUUAUAGAUGGCAUCCAUUUGCUGGAGCUGCUUGUGAAACUCGGUCCGAUUUUUCUGAUCAAGGCAAUAUUGAUCCACCCACAGCCUGACGUAGCCCAACCUUUUUGUCGCUACAAUUGCGUCUUGUAUCGUUUUGGGAUACUUUCCGGGCUUUUGCUGAAAUUCUGCAUUAUGACCCCACACGUAGCUGAGAGCAACGUAUUCUUCUUUUUCUUUGGCUCUUACCACUUCCCCAGUAGUGCAAUCAAUCAACUGCAAGUCAUCAACGUCAUCUCCAGGAUUACCAGCGCAGUGAUGGGUGUGUAGUUCCUUGCAAACAUCUAAUAAAUCUUUCAGUUGGUCGAAGUCGAUCAGCGGUUGUAUCGGCUUCAGCCAGAAUGGGUUUUUUGUAGGAUGAAAAGACAUGUAGGGGAUGCCCUUAGGAGGAAGUCCAUGAUCUGAUGUCGACAAAACCAACAGUCUUGUUUCCAAAAGUUGUAUUAGUGGCUCAGAAGACUCUCUGGAUCUCACCGAAUACAGAAAAUAUGGCUGUGAUCGCUGCGAUGCGAGUUCGGGCGGUAAUAGGUCCAGUAGGAACUUGCAUAAUGUGCAUAAAUUAGGGUUCCAAGUUUCAAUGGUCCCCAGAGGCCGAUUGUCACGGAUGGAUGACCAUAGUUCGUUGAUAUUGAGGUUGGUGCACCGGGGGCAUAGGUCAUCAGAUUUCGCAGUGCUGGUAUGGUCGCCAGCGCCAUGAUUGGCCAUCACCCGACUUUU